AUGAAGAAGAAAUUGGCGCCAGUUGGUCGCAACAUUCGUGCAUCAGCAAUGGGAAAAAACAGUGAAAAAUUUUCCCUCUUCUUCAACUAUGGUGGUACAUUUAUCAAGAUUGAAGAUUCAACUGAAUACUAUGGUGGGAAUUUCAAGUCUGUGUAUGGCUUAGACACUGAUAGGUUUGGAUACUUUGAUUUGGUAGAAGAAGUAGAGAAGCUGGGGGUUAAGGAGUUUGAUAAAAUAAUGUAUCAAGAUCCAGGGAAGCUGGGAUAUGCUGGUAUGAAAGAGAUAGUGGAUGACAGUGGUGUUAUGGAGAUGAUCAACACUGGCCAUAAGCUUAGAUCUGUAAUACAGGUUUAUGUUGCUGCUAGUAACCCUAAUAAGGAAGAUGGAGAUGGUGUUAAAGUAGUUCAUAAUGCAUCUGAAGGGAGUAACUCUGCAAACAGAUUGGCAGAUGGUGAUGGUGAUGUGAAUGUUGGAGAUAAUGCAACUGGAGAUGAACACCUAGAUUCUGAUGCAAAUAUAGAUUAUGAUGAUGAUGCAAAUGAUGGAGAUAAAGCAGUUGGAGGUGGAGUGCUACCAGAUGUGGCUAUGUGGUCUGAUGAGGAUAGUGCUAAUGAAGAUUAUUUCCCAGUGGGUGUUAGCUCAUCAGAUGAUGAUCUGACUGAUGAGGAACAUGCUUCUGAUGAUGAUGAAUACCUUGAGGUCAGACAAAAUUUGAGGAAAUGUAAAAACAAGAUGGUUGAAGAAGAUGGUGGAGCAAACAAUACAUUCUCAGAUUGUCUGCCUCAAAUGAACUUGGAUGGGUGUGAAGUGCUACAGCAUGCUCUCAUGUCUGAGGAGUCAGGCAGUGAAAUGGAGAUGAAUGAUGAGGGAAAUUGCAUUAAAAGGAAGCUGAGGGUUAUUUAUGAUCCUAGGUGUGAUCAUAAUGCUCUUCAGUUUGAGCUUGGUAUGAGCUUUGAGAGUAUUGACCAAUGCAAGAGAGCAGUGAGAAAGGUGGCCAUUGUUUAA